AUGAUGUACGAUCCAGAUCCUGUGGAAAUUCAUAAAAUAUCCAGGGAAGAAGAAUUUUUUGAAGGAUCGAAAACGUCAAACAGGAUAACAGGGAAACCUUAUAAAAAUCCAAUUAGAGAAAAAAAAAAAAAUUUUAUCGGUCAUCAUUUAUUAGUUAACAAUUGUUGGGAAGUGACAAAUAAAGAAAAUUCUAAAAAAUUUCUAGAAAUUUUUAAAGAGCCUAAUAAUGAUUUAGAUGACGAAGGUGAUUUCGAAACGAUAAAAAAAAAACAAUAUGGAGAAGGGAAAAAAUUCAAACGUGGUAAAUCUCCACCGUACACGAAAGAAUUUCAUUCUUUGACCGAAGUUCAAAAAACGAGAAUACUUAAAAUUAUAGAAGACGUUAUUAAAAAAUUAGCAGACGACGAUUGUGCACAUUCCAAAUUAUAUCUCGAUGAUAAUAAUGAUAAAUUAUUACCUGGUUUGCCACACCAAUGCACGUCAAAUAAAAAAUCAUCUUGUAGAAAAUUUUCUAUUUCUUGGAUAAUAAUUAAAAUAUUCGAAAUGAUUUUGUGUCACGUUAUCCAGUUAAUUUUUCUCACCGAAAAUUAUUGCAUGGAAAAUAAAAACGAAUUUUUACCCGCCAUAUUUACAUAUUACAUAACAUUAUUUAUAGUUUUUAUAUCAUUGGUAGCACAAUUGGGUAGUUUAAAUUGUAAUCAAAUACACAAUCCCUGUUAUUUUAUGGGUGUCAUUUCGUCAUCGGUGCUCACGCUCAUUACGUCAUUAGGAAUGUUAAUUAUAUUGACUUCGUUGAAAUAUUAUAAAUCAUUUUUACAAAUAUUGGUUUUGGUCAUCGUCGGAACAAUUAUUUGUUUUAUUUUUUUCGAAUUGUGUUUGUUUUAUAACGAAGUGAAAAACAUUUGGAACAAGGGAAUUUUUAUCGAUCAAUUUUACGAUACCUGA